AUGCAGUUUUGUGGCGGGCUUGUUUGCCGCACACCACCACGACGAUUUGCAUGGAAGCAAACUUACAGCCAACUUCUACCAUCACACUCCAUGGUUCCCUCUGCGUACAUAUGCGGGCGUUUGCGCCAAGCGCACCACUACUCCGGUCGAUUUGCUUGUAGCGCUGCUUCUGUUGUGGUAGAGAGUCCCUCUGAUGGAGCUGGGAUCCUCACUUUCACAGCCAACACAGUUGAUGGCGCUGCGCGUGCGCUCAGCGAAAUAAUGCAUGAAGCUCAGGCGCUUUCUCAUUCUGUGGAACUUCGCGCGUUGGAGCGCCUGGAGGCCAUCCUAAGGCAAAACGCUGACUUACUGGCAUUAGCGGAGGCCCUUGCUACGGGAAUAUGUUUGCGUGAAGCUCGGAACUCGAUUGGGUUGGCGGCAAACGUCGUCGGAAGUUGUGCGGAACGUCUGCGUGGGUGCCCCGCCUCGGUCGCCGCCAGCGAGACCAUUGAUGUGGAGGACUUACUUCGUUCGUUGGGCUGCAGUGACAGGGGUAUCAACUGUCACGGUAUCAGGUGUGCAACUGGCGGAGGUUCCUCGGUAGCGCUGUGCUACACAUCGGCCAAUUACCCCCUUCAGAGAGGUGUUGAGGCUAUCGCCGCCGCUCUUUUGCGAGGUCAUGUGGUCGUCUGGCUGCCAUCACUUGAAGCACCGCUCUCCGCGUUGUGGCUUAUGCAGUUGCUUUGCCGCUCUUUCAGCUGCCAAGCUGACGAAAACGACAGUCGGAGUGCCACUAGUGAUGACAAGGGCUGCGAUCCGGGCGUUGGUAUGCAUACCGUGGACCCUAUAAAUAUCAUUUUGUAUCGCGGUGAAAACUCAAUUUUACUUGAAAAGGCUUUCGGCGUACGAGGCGCCCGUGAAGGCUUGGAGCUAGUAGGGUUGACGAACGGCUUUACAGAAGGCCAAACAAACCAGUUUUCCGUCCACUUGUCGGAUAGCCAAGUGAGACGUUCGGAUAUUAGCGCCUUGUACGCCAUUGAUUGGCACCAUCGGUUGACUAAACCUGCGGUUGCCAUUGUUAGUGUUUCCCAAGGGGAAUCACAGUCAUUUUCACCUUCUAUCCCAUUGACGGCAUGCGCGGCAGUGGCGAAAACAGAUUCAGCGCCUACACACGUGGAAUGUGUAGCUGAAAAUUUCUUUCAUCACGCCUUUCACUGCAAUGGGAGAACACUGCACCCACUUCACGUGGCGUUCAUUCCCCACGAGGAUGUGCUACCGAUACUCCGUUACCUUCGGGAGCGCAUACGACAGGUGCGCAUUGGGCACAGUCUUGACAGCAGUGUUGAGCUUGGCCCGCUUCCCACUUCUAAACACCUCUCUUUGGUGAAGGAACUUAUUGAGUCUGCUACUAGCGGUGACGAUGAUGCUGGGGUCUGUAUUCAACAGGUGUGCGGCGGGUUCGAGGUAGCGAUGCCUGCAGGUUUUUUUUGCCUUCCCUGUGUGCUGUAUGCCCGGCUGCCGAAUGAAGCACCAGGUGCAGUUUCUUCGAUGGUUGAACGAGUCAUGAAGCUGCGCACGGAGUUGGAUGAAUUGGGAGGUGGUCCUGUAGCUCUUGUGUGCGCCUAUGACCUUCGGCACCAGUUAGAUGAGUUACACGUAUGGAAGGACAACGCGCAACAUUAUGUUGUGCAUGACUGGUGA